CUGAGUGGCACUAGCAAUGAUUUCAUGAAUUGUUAUUGGCGAGAUUAAAACUUAUGAUUAAUAUUAUAUACAUUGUAUAGAUUCGACAUACGCAUUGGGCAGAGUUAAAUUCAUCUUUGAUUGUGAAGAGUUUAAGCUCUGAUUGUCUAAUUUUUCUGAAGAAAAAAAAACGAUUCUAAAGGAAAAAGCAGCAAAAGGCUUCAGAUUAAAUUCCAACUCAAAGACUGACUCUUUUUUAUCAGGCUUGUCUUGUCGUACUCAAUUCUGCCUAAAUGCGCGGAUAACAUUUUCAAGUGAUACGUUAUUAUUAAUAUAGAAAGCACUGCUCUGACAAUCCUGAGCUACCAUUUGAACAUUGCGACGAGAGCAGCACUUUUCUCAGAAAAAGGCGAGAUAAAUAAACCAAAUCCAGAUUUUAAGGCACUCGAAUAUCUCCCAGGAUGCCGCCCCGGCGAAAGAAAGAGGGCUUAAGACGCACUCUAUUUCAAACUAAAAUGAUGGCGGUGACUCUCCUCUUGAUGUUUCAUUUCACUUGCCCAGUGUCGUCCGCCGACAGGCCUGAUGACGAUGCACUCGUCAAGGAGGCGAUAACUUCACUGAACUUGAAAAACGCCUCGUGCGUGGUGUUCGUCGGCGAGACCUCCGCAGGUAUCAACGAGCUGAAGAAAUUCCUGCGCCACGACGAGACUUUGACUGUUGAAAAGGCGAACGGCAAGUUCAAGUUGAACGCAAACGAGGAAAAGACGUUUGUGCCUUCGGUGAGCGUCAAUUUGGAAAGCAGAAGUAGAUUGUUCACGUUGACUGAUGAUGAGCCUGAUCUGCCAGCGCAACUCUUCAACAAACGCAUCUUCGAGACGGCCGGUGGAUUGAAAAUCACCAUCGUCGAAAGCUUUUCUAAUCUAUUGGGUGACUUUUAUUUUGAAACUCUCACAAAGGCGAUUAAAAACGUGAUUGAUGUAUUGGGCGACAAGGUGGAGUGGUACGGAGACUCUUUGAGCCUCGUCGCGACCAAAGUCGACAGACCCGAGCAAAAUGAUGCAGAGCUCAACGGCGAAGUCGAGUACAAAAUCAAAGAGUUUGUGAAGUUUGCGCAGAAACAAAAAGACGAGGCGCUUUUGAAUAAUGACUGGGAACUGGUCGCAGACUUGGAAGGCCAAAUCGCCGUCGGCGAUUUUCUUCUCAAAAAGAAGCGUUUCGGCAUUCUGCGCACUCCGAACGCCAAGAAGAGUCCCUGGGAUUUGCCGCCGCUCAAGAAAAACUACAAUCAGUUGCGCAAAUUGAUUUUCCAGACUUUGGACUUCAGCUCAAGAAUCGGAAGCGCCGCCGAGAUCGUCGUCACGGCCGCCACGCGCAAAGCAAUAAAAAACACUUACGUGCCCGGCGCUGAAAGUAAGAUGAGCGAAACUCUCGUUGGGUUCGCCACGUUUCUGGGGGAGGCGCUCUACGGAAAACUGUUCAACCAGUUUGACACUUUCUCAGUCAACUUCUUCCCGGCCGCCUUUGACCGAUUGAGCACAUUCGCUCACCUGGAGGCGCUGAUCAAGUUGCUCGAGGUUCCGAGCAAACGCGGAGAAGACGUAGGAUCGGUGGCGUAUCGCAUUCAAUUCUACUACGAAAUUCUUGGAAAAUCAUUCGAAGAGUACGAGGAGCGCGAAAUCUUAGGAUGCAAAUCAGAGUUUCGGAGAAUUUUCUCAGAAGUUACAAACAACCAUAAAUUUUUGGCAAGCCUGCGGAGGGAUCACGACACGCGCCAGGUGCAGCAGAAUUUAAUCAAAGACCAAAAUAUCUUGACCUCCGGCCUGAGCGUGGAAAACUUCCAGACUUGGCAGAAGAAUCUCGCCAAUCUGGGAUUUUCGCAGGACACCAUUCAAGUCGUCACCAAAGGAAACGACGUGAUGGUCCAGGAAAUCGAGUCCCUGGCCCAAUCGGUGCCCGCAAACGAAAUCAACAACGCCACUCAAGGUGUUCUCCUCUACUCUGGCCAUUACGUCUUCUUGAGCCAGGUCAGCGAAAUCCUUUCGGAGAACACGACGCACGAAGUGGAAAUCGUGGCGAUGAGAAAACUCUUCGUUGACUGCGACUUGAAUCUGACCGACACGCACUUGACAAUUUGGGCUCCGGUUUUGGAAGUUGAUAAGAGAUGGACGAAGUUUUCACUCAAAGGGUCCGACGCUCCACCGAUUCCUAACUCAGCACCAACAGGAACGAGCGGAGCUAAAGGUUUCAGCUCUGGAAAAUUCCACCUGGUCGUCAGGGAAAUUGUCAACUCCGAGAUGCUGUUCGUAGAGAGCCUCGGCGGAAAUGGCUCAGACGGCGUUGGCGGAAGAAAAGGUGCUGACGGUGAUUUAAGCGGAGACUUCAGAUCAGAUGCAGAUUUUGAUGGAGAUAAAAAAGUUAAGGUGAAACAAAAAUCGGAUUGGAUAACUGACACCAUGAAACCCGAAUAUAUAUCAAGCUAUUAUGAAUAUGGUUGCCAUUCUACUGGCAUUUUCACCACCUAUUGCGAAUACGACGUAAUAGUGACAAAAAAUCUCAACAUAGAGUGUAAACCAGGUCAACGAGGCGGAGACGCCGGAGCAGGUGCUUUGCCAGGCGAGAUCCUAAUUAACGAGAGGAUUUUGUUCACGAGAAGAAACGGAACUAACGGCAAGCCUGGCCUCGGAGGAAAAGGUGGCAAUAUACUUGUUCUAAAACGUUACUACUACUGCGAUUCCAACGCAUGGAACAAUAAAGAAAGUUGCUGGAAGGAUUAUUACACUCAGUAUUACAAUAAAGGAGAAGACGGACAGCUCGGUAAUUCCUUAGUUUCGCCAGUUACAAAUUACAAACACACGAAACAAAAAGUCUUCUUUGAUGCCUUUUUACGUCUUAAUCUCUUGGCUAUCUUUUCGCCGUCGCCUUUCAGUGCAGACGAAGAAUUCCUUCAGUUCGCCUCGAAUGAAGAUAUCGUCAAAAAAUUCACGACGCAAAAUUUUUUCCAGUUUUUGGGGGCUGUGCAGGACGCCUUUGUCAACAGCACGCACACGACCAACCUGAAGAUUGUGGUCAGGUCGUUCUACGAGUCGUUCACCAUCUUCAAACAACUCGGUAAAGAAUCCGACUCCUCGUACCUGGAUCUGAUCGAGCUCAUGUUUGUUGACACGCUUGCCAAGUGCGAUUCCUUGACCACAGGCCGGCAAGUCGUCAAGCUGGGCGAUAAAAUCACAAGCGAAAUACGCAGGUUGAACGAGGUUAAGGACAUCAAACAAGAUUUGUUCGUCUACGAGACUGUGAAAAAAGAGGGAGAAAAGGCGGCGAAGGAAAUCGCGGAAGCCGAGAAGGCGCUGCAGACGUUCUACGACGAGGAAAUGACCGAGAUAGGGGAAGAAAUCGAUUCCUUGUUGGAGGAACUCAUUGCUAAUGUUUAUCAGGAACAGAAUGAGUACGGAGAGAAUAUUGCUGAGUUGCAGCGAAAUAAAAGGGCGUACCAAAGGGCGAUGAGGCGCAAAGCCGCUGGCAAGAUCUUCGGAUGGUCGUUCAAGAUUGCUGGAGCAUUUUUUCCAGUUGCUGGACUGGCUGGGAGUGCCAUGCUCGCUCUGGGCAACUCAGGUUCAGGUGGCGGAGGAGACAUAGAACAUCUUCUACCUGAAAUAAGUAAUGCUGCGGACAACGCGGCUUCGGUGGUACUCGAGUACUUGAAGGAUCGAGAGAGGGACGCGCGCACGAAGCAACAAGCUCAACUCGAGGCAAUUCGGCUGUUCCUGGACGACAAAGACUUGCAAACGCAGGUUUUGAGUCAGCAGGAAUAUGAAAAUGCAAAAGUGGUCUUUGAUGAGGCAUCAAAUUUACAAGACGUGGAUGACGAAUUUUGGAAUGAAUUUUAUGAGACGUUUGAAGGCGUGGAAGAGAAAAUAUUAGCGGCGAAAGGACACGCUGCGAACGAGGAUGACGAGGUCAAACUAUCAGUUUAUGGAACGGUGUUCAAAGGUGCCAAAGAAGGGUUCCUGUUCGCCAAAGAUGUGUUCGGCUUGGUAUCAGAGAUCAAGUCAGCGAAUGCAAAACUAGAGCAGAUUGACGCUGCAAUUGAUGCAAACAGAUUGGCCAUUAAACAAUUGGACGUGUAUAGAAAAAUGAUCGAUGCCAUUUUCAUUCCGAUGCUCCAAGAUAUGGGCAAGAGAUUGAACAACAUGCAGACGGAAUUAGAAGAGGCGAACUCGGUUCUCACAGGAAUCAAAGCGUUCGAAAUGAAAAAGAAAAUCCGAGAAUUCGCCGACUUUGCCACCAGAUUCACUGGCGAGUUGCUGGACGAGGACGGAUUUGCUUCGCUUUCAGCAGAGCUGCAGGACGUCGUGAACGUUCUGGCCGAGGGCUAUGACAAGAUCGAGGAAAUCAGCUACCGACUGGAGAUGAAGCAGUUCAUAGGCACGAUCUCUGGAGGCGACUGCAACCAAGCGACGAACAUCGAGACCUGCAACGCCUACCUCGCAGCCCGAGCCGAGGAUGAAAAGAGCCACUUGCUGGUGGCCUUCAUCGAAAUCUUCGCCGCCUACCGCCAGGUCAUCUUUCCGUUCGUCGCCGACAAGGCCAAGUUCUUGGCCAGGUUGGUGGAGAAAUUGAGAAGCACCGGCCUGGGAUCGGACGGCGCGAUCCGAGAGGUCCAAGCGAGUUUGGAUUCAAUCAAGACGGAACUGGACGACAUGAGCACCAGCAUCACCGACCAGGACAAAGACAUCAUCUACGCCAUUUUCAACCCAAAGUUCAGGACAGGCAGGGCCUUCUACACGUGGCCCGCGGGCAACGAGCACCUGGCUCAGGUCGAGGACCUGUUCAGCGGAAAGGAUGUCAGCCUGGUGGCGUCCACAAGCGAGAGGGACGCGAGGAACGCCAUCAAGUUCAAGGUGGUCUCCCUCAACUUCACCUCGACCGACCCAAAGGUCAACGCCAGAGUGCAGGACCUGCUGCUCAGUUUCAGACUGGAGACGACGCACGUGGGGCCGAGCCAUUACCGCUGCGGCAAGAACAACUACGUGAUCGGCGGCGAUCCGCUCCACUUCUCGGUCACCUACGAGAGAGACGAAUUCGGAAACCCGAUUGAAAUCAACGAGGCGCUGUCCAAACUGAAAAACGGCGACGUGCCCCUCAGCCCCUUCACCGUCUGGCGCUUCAAACUCGAACACAUUGCCUUCGACGACGAGCAGGCCGUAAGAGAGGAACUGCUCACGAUGGCUGGGCUCCUUGACAUGGAAUUGAUCGGCGAAGGUUAUUACGUCAAGGAAAACGCAGAAAUUUGCCAGAAAGGUUUGAGCAAUUCUCAUGCCUUCAUGCAACAGCAAUAUUGAGCUUUGAUUAUUAAUUUUUUUUUAUUUUUAUAUAAAAAUAAAUACUUUCA